UUUUUUUUUUCUUCCUUCUUUUCUUUUUCUCUUUUUAUUUAGAUCAAACCAACAAUUGUAGUUUUUUAGUUUUUUUUUGUUUUUCGCAUAUGUAUUAUAAUCAUCCCUCAUUUUCACCCACUAUGGAUGCCACUAUGGCAGCUGUACCCUCCACAGCAGUAACCAACACAGCUACCACAGCAGCGACUGCAGCUGCCGUGGAGGAUGAUAUGAACCUAUUGAUCAGUCCCUUUGAACCCUUUUCUGUCAAUGACAUGAAUCAAAUCAACUAUAAUAAUACGAUGCCAAUGCAACAACCCAAUACAAAUACGUUGCAUGAAAGUUCAAUGUCGCCUAUGCCCACCAAAUUCAAUUUAUAUGAAUCCUCCCCUCCAAUGCAACCUCAUUUUGAAAUGAUGAGUCAUUUUACUACCAACGACUUUAUCUCUCGCUCUCCCGAAUCCUCUUCUUCCUCCAUGAAUGAUUCCAAUAUGAUUUCACCGCCUACACAGUUUUAUUCCACAGCCAAUUAUAUGCACCCCACAAUCACAGCAGCCAAUGAUGAUUAUCCAGACUACAUCUGGCCAGAUGCCUUUGACCACUAUUCCACAUUAAAGCGUUCUUCAUCUGUCCCACCUGGCUUUCAUAAAAACAAGCCUGAUCCACAAGACCCUGUUUAUUCCUUUCAACAGCAGCAGCAACAGCCUUCUUACCCCAUGGUUCCUUCACAACCUCCACUUCCACAACAACAACAACAACAACCACAACCACAAUCACAACAGCAACCCAAAGUGCCGCUACCUAUACAAAUCAAACGUUUGAUUCGAUCCCAUCAAGCCAAUAAUGUCAACCACAAAGCUCCUUUGGAUCCUGAACAACACCGUCGUCAAUUGGAUAAAAAGCUUGAAAAAGUAAACUUUGACGAUAUCACGGUAGCAGAAUUGAAAGAAAUGCUAAGGGAGAGAGGUUUAUCAGCGACAGGUCGCAAAGCUGAACUCAUGCAUCGCUUAAAAGAAGAACACGGUAGGAUGAUCCAUCGAAAGCAUGGUAUUGUUUCUGCACCACCACCACCACCACCACCACUGCCAGCCAUGAACGGUAUCGCGGCUGUUCCUGGUGGUGCUGAUACUGUUGCUGCUGGAUCAGCCAGCGUUCCCAUGACACAUCGUCGCGUGUCGGCAGCGCUGACUCACAACAAACCUCACCACCACCACUCCAAAAAUGUAUACAAUUACUAUUACAACUAUCACAGUCCUUAUGCGACACCUCCCAUCCGCCAUAAUUCUAUUUCCACUGCUCAUUUAAAUCUACAACACCAAUAUGAAAUGAUGGCAGGUGAUACGCUCGCUUCUUCUGCUCCCCAUCCUACCCCCGCUUUUUAUACUCAUUAUCCUCCUUACCAUGCCAUGGCUGCUGCUGCUGUUCCUUCGCCGUCUGCUGUCACCAACACAAACACAUCGGCGAUGAAACCGUCUCAAUUACGUGCCAGUUUUGCUGCUCCCACACAAGAACAAGACAGCCACAGGAUGGAGGAGGAGAGCACCCCUCUGUCCAGCAUGCCUUUACCUUUGCCACCAGAAGCUCAGUUACAACCUCAUCCAUUACCACUACAACAUCAUCCCUUCAGCCAUGACCCUUCUGAUCUGUGGGAUGAUCAUCAAUUACAAAACUUUCUCAAUCAGAUAUAGAGACAAGAAGAAAAAGCAAAAAAAAAAAAAAAAAAAAAAA